AUGUCUUCAUUUCGUCAAAAACUAACAGCAUUUCUUUGUGUUUUUUUUCUUCUAAUCUGCUGUAUACACAGUCUUAGAAUAAAUGAACUUGAAAAUGCUAUAAAUGAAAAAAAUUUUGUCAAUGAACAACCGCUUACAGUUGCUCAAAUGCAUGCUCUUGAACAAGUUUUAAAUCGUCGAAGUCUUUAUGAUCCUGCAUAUAGUGAUUCUUGGUCAAAUUAUUUUGAAAAAAAGCGUAGUCUAUUCGAUCCUGCUUAUAGUGAUUGGGCUAACAGCUUUAAACGAUCAGAUGAAUAA